ACCCUGCAUUCUUCAUCGCACAGGAGAGAAUAGCCAAGCUUGUACACGAUGGCAAGAUGGCCAAUUUCACCCUCGAGCCGUUCUACGUGGGGAGCGACUGUAAUCAGGACGUUAUAGAUGAAGUUGAACAAGCAGCAACGUUUGUUCUGGUGAAUAAUGGGAACGCCCUUUUCGGACCGUCUUGUAGCCAGACAAGUUCCUGCAUCGGGGACCUGGCCGCCUCCCUGAAUAUACCGAUUUUCACCGGUAGCACCAGCGCACCCGAGUUCGACCUAAAGAAGCGGUUCCCUACGCUGACACAAACCGCCCUCAAAUUCAGCACUACAGUGGACUUCAUACGUGAGCUGUUUAGAAAAUACAACUGGAAACGUUAUGUGUCGAUUGAGGAUACAUCGGCCGAUUUUGAGCAGGCAAGCAGAGCAAUUGAGAAGGGUCUUGCACUUGACGAUGUAAAAGCGGAAGUUAUUGCGUUGGACAAGGGCAAGAUGGAUGAGAUAUUGCGACAAGCUGCCGUCUACAGUAACAUCAUCUUUUUCAACAUGGAAGAUGAUGUAAUACGCGACAUGAUGGUUAACGCGAAGACCCUUCAGAUGGUGGGUGGUGAUUAUGUCUUUCUAACCUACAACCACUCGUACUUCGAAGGCGAUUUCUGGCAAAGGGGUGAUAGUGUAGAUGCCAUCUUGAAGGACGCUUACAGAGCUCUGAUGUCCAUCCGCAUCUACAAGCCCUCCAACGACGCUUAUGCUGACUUUGUUAAGAUGAUGGUUAACGCCUCGCUGGAUCUCAACCAACCACCUCUGUUCCAGGAAGGGGAACCCUACUAUUACUCCGCAUGUUUCCACGACGCUUUGAUCCUUUACUCUCUCGCCAUAAACGAAACGUUACACGAAGGCGGUGACAUACGUGACGGAGGAGCUCUUGUGCAGAAAAUGUGGGACCGAACUUUUGAAGGUAUCGGAGGCAAGGUUUACGUUACAGCAAAUGGCAGCCGGGAAGCAAUUUUCUCUCUGUGGGACAUGACUGACGAAGAAACGGGCGCCUUUGAGGUGGUGGCAAACUACUUUGAUGUUUCUAAAACAAUCAACUACACCCUUGGAGACAUUCAAUGGCAUGGACGAGUUGGUAAUCGGCCGCCAACUGACGUCCCAACCUGUCAAAACGCAGACGGUUCUCCAUGCACAGGCGACAAUACCCUCAUUAUUCUCUCCGUUAUUUUGGCUGCGUUCGUUGUGAGUGGUAUCUUGGGUGGAAUGUUUUUCAUAUACCGAAAAAUUAGACUUAAUUCAGAGUUGAUGAAUAUGUCGUGGAAGAUCCGAUACCAAGAUUUGGUUUUCAGUCACGCCAAGUCUGCUUCUUCUUCAAGACGAUCUCUAGCUGCUUCACUGACUGGGUCAAUGCUAGAGGCUGGCAGUGGACGACAAAUCUUUACUAGAGUUGCCACUUACGAGGGCCGUGUGGUUGCUCUUAAACCCAUGAUGAACAUGGAUGUAGUUCUUGGUAAGAACUUGCUGAUUGAAUUCAGGAAUCUGAGAAAUAUUGAGCACAGUAAUCUUGUUCGGUUCUUGGGUGUUUGCUGUGACAUGCCUGGGGGUCGCAGGUACAUGGCCGUCACUGAGUACUGUGCCAAAGGCAGUCUUCAGGAUAUCAUCGAGAACAGUGCACUCCAAAUGGACUGGGAUUUCAAGAGUUCACUUCUCAUCGACGCCAUAAAGGGGCUGAGCUUUCUCCACGGCCGCAGUGAGAUCGGUGUUCAUGGCAGAUUGUGUUCCCCAAACUGUGUAGUUGACAGCCGGUUCGUAGUGAAACUCACGGACUUCGGUUUACAAAUGCACAGGGAUCCGUCCUUACCAGACAUCACAGCUGACCUCAAACGGCUGACAAGAAUGCUGUGGAAGGCACCUGAACUUCUGAAGGACCCUACUAAAGGCCCGACAAAAGAGGGCGACAUUUACUCACUUGCCAUCAUCAUGCAGGAGGUCAUAAUGAGAGGAGUGCCAUUUGAAUACGAGUGCAAGAAUAACGUGGAUGCCAAAACAAUCCUUGAGAAAGUUGCUUCGAACACACCCUUCCGGCCGUACGUACCAAGGGAAGCCUGUCCCCCUGAGAUGCAUGCUGUCAUGGCGAGGUGUUGGCACCAGGAUCCUACGGAGCGCCCUACAGCGGUUGAGUUACUCGUCACCAUGAAGAAAAAUUGCAAGAAUGUGUCAGGCGGUAUCAUGGAUAACUUGUUGUCCCGUAUGGAGUUCUACGCUAGUAAUCUCGAAGCCCUUGUAGAAGAAAAAACUUCGGCCUUUCUCGAGGAAAAGAAACGAGCUGAGACGCUUCUCUACGAAGUCUUGCCAAAGUAUGUAGCCGAUCAGCUGAAAGGAGGGCUUGCCGUCCAGCCGGAGAGUUACGACAAUGUGACCAUCUUCUUCAGUGACAUUGUCGGCUUCACUGAGCUGUCAUCUGAAAGUUCACCGAUGCAGGUGGUGACUUUGUUAAAUGACUUAUAUACAUGCUUCGAUGAGACCAUUGACAACUUUGACGUGUAUAAGGUGGAGACCAUUGGCGAUGCUUAUAUGGUGGUGUCCGGUCUACCCAUACGCAAUGGAAAUAAACAUGCCAAGGAGAUAGCCAACAUGGCGCUGGCGUUGCUAGGGGCAGUGGGGUCAUUCAAGGUCAGGCACCGACCCGAGUGGAAGCUUCGACUCCGGGCUGGGGUACACACAGGACCAUGUGUGGCAGGAGUGGUUGGUCUGAAGAUGCCUAGAUAUUGUCUGUUUGGCGAUACUGUAAACACAGCGUCUCGAAUGGAGUCUAACGGCGAAGCUCUGAAAAUUCAUGUGAGCAGUUAUACAGCAGAAAUUCUCAAAAAGUUUGGAUCAUUCGACAUUCCCGAGCGUGGAGAAAUUGAAAUCAAGGGCAAAGGGAAGUUAACGACCUACUGGUUGACCGGGUCAGCUGAUAUACCAAGAAGAUACUGAUCGUCAGAAUGGGACACUUUUGGGACGCUAGGUGGCAGCAGACUUAAAUCCAUUGUUCUAGGUAAUGUACGCAGGCUCAGAACUAAGUAAACAAGGUAAAUUUACCGCAUUAGUCUGCUGCCACCUUGCGAUCAAAAGUCUCCCAUUGGUAACUCGUAGACAUGUAACCUGUCUUGAUCCGCAAGGAUAAAUACAUUUGAGACGGGUACUUGCUUUUCAUAACCAGUGAUUUUAUUAGAUACCAUGAUUUCAUUGGCUAAACGUGCAGUGACGUAAGCUUUAUAUAUCUGUGUUGAUUGGUCCGAGGUGUCGUGUGCGGUUGCACUUGCGGUCGUUUGCUCACAAUGUAGGUGAAAGACGACUAUAAUGAUACUAACACAGCAUUUGUAAGACGCACUUUAUCCGUAUAACAUUCAAAGGCGCCGGUCCAGGUCAAUAACAUAAUAUCAGAUGUGUUCAAAGCCAAUCUGUAAAAGAUGUGGUUAAAGGGAGUUUUGAGAGUUUUACCUUGAUUUGAGGUCACUCACUCUGACGUCAUUCACGACACUUGAAGUGUGACGUCAGAUGUUCAGGCCAAAGGCUAUGCAUCUGGGGGUAAAUUUGGACCCAGGUACCCGAUUUGAAGUCCGGAAUUGUUAACUAAACGUGGUCGGCCAGUUACACAUUAUACCAGUAACAGUAACACAUUAUACAAUAUUGUGAUAUGCACUGACUCCAUGAUUAGACUGUGAAAAUGAACGAUUUAUGUAGUUUCUAAAACCAUACGAGAAACUAAUAAUUAUGACUUUUCAAACAGUUACCCAUUUGAAAAAGAUUACUAUCCUCACCUACAUUAGCAUUUUGAUUAUGCGAGUUUUCUACAUAGCUAUAAGAUUGCCGGAUUUGAAUUAUGUUUUUAAAAAAAGCCCGAACGUUCAAAGCUCAUGCGUUAACAUAAUCACUUCUGCAGCGAGACAAGUGACUUGAAAUAAUUACUAAUUAUGUUUACACGUUGUUCAAAUAUUGAGAAAUAAAAAUUAAAUAUUGUAUCUGUUCUGUAAAUAUUGUUGUAAAAAAGAAGACAUUUUUGAAAAUGUUAAUAUUACUAUUAUUAUUAUAAUUUAUUCAUCUUGCACACCAACACAAACAUACAGCCAAUACUCCCAUGAUGUGGAGCGACAACCAAAGCAAAUCAGAUGGACACCCUCACAUAGUUGUAAAACCAAUAUAACAGAUUUGGGGUUGACCAAACAAACAUUCGUGUAAACUUUAGAGACUUUGAAACAGAAGUUUGACGAAUAGUGCAAUAUUUCAAUAUUUUAAGUACAUGAAAUGAUCUGUAUAGUUGGCUUUAGUCAACUAUUUUAAGUAGAUAAAAUGAUCUGUUUAAUUGGCUUUAGUCAACAUGGUGUUGUAGGUAGUGUUAGAGAACCUCCAGUCGCAGCUCAAAUUUUAUAAAUUCAAGCUUCAUCUCUGCCAGAAAGGAAUCAAAUGUAUUGACAAUAUUUUGUAGUGCACUAACAAUUAUGAGCUACAUACCCUACGUAAGUAUUGCUACUUUAUUUAAGAAAAUAAACAAACAAAUCCAAUUACCAUUACAAUUAUUUCAGAAAAUUAACACCUCAAUUGACAUACAAGUAUAACAAAUUAAAACUUCAGUUUACAUAAUAAUAUUAAGUACCCAAUAGAAGUAUUUCAAAUUAAUUUCAGAAAAUUUAAGAAUACAUAACCAGCUGUUACCUUAGGUGUAAAAGAUUUAUAAAAUAAAAUAGCAUUUAUAUAUUUGUUUGACUAUAGAAAAACUGGCCUUUUAGGCAAUAUUAAAGGAACGUUACAGAAACAAAAUCACGAAGAAUCACAGAUUGACAUCAACUUACACGAUCUAAUGAUGAUGGUAGAAAACAUCCCUUAAAAUAUUUCUGCCUGAAAUGUCAUAAAAUAUUUGAUUGUACUUUGGCUUGUAACCAGAUUCUGGCAUCAGAGAUGUUAAACUUUAAUAAAGAAAAUUAUUUGUGGUUUUUACCCAUACACCGAUGUGUGUAAGCACAGAUUCUGGUAAGCACAAUUUUGUUUUGCUUAGCUUAUUUUUGUGCUUAGGCAGCUCUAUGAAAUUUGGUCCUGUUCUUUUGAAAUGAGUUCCCCGAAUUCUGAAAUCUACUCCACAGCAGUAAAUAAGUAGCAAGACAAGUUCACAAGAACAAUGUACACUGCACACCCUGUAUAUAUGUACAUGAAUACAUCCCCCUGAAGACGAGCAGAGUAUACUGUUCAAAACGUCAAGACCAAACCGGCUCUUUUCAGAGCCACCAUUCCUUCAA